UUGUAUAGAAGAAAAAAAUGUCUUGUGUUGUGGCUAUAAGACAAAAUGAACAGAAACAAUGAGGGGUUGCUAAACAGGUUGCAUCAACAAUUCUGCAUGCACCACCACACUACGUUGAGGAGGCAAUUAAUGAAGAAGGAAAGAAAAGUCUGUGACUGAAGCCAUCCUUUUCUUUCCUUACAGUUUGCAAAGUUUGAAAAGUAAGCAACCUACUCUCUCACCUUCCUUUUAAGAGACAUCCUUUCUUCUUCAUUCUAUUUCCAUGCUUCAAAUAUUAUUAUUCUCUUUGAAUUUGAUUAAGAAAACCAAACUGGUCUGAUUUCUAAAAGGCUAAAACCCUUUCUUUCUCUUCAAAUUUUCUUCCUUUUUGCUACAUUUUUCUUGGGGAGACUUAUAAAUGUGGCAAAAUCAAGCCAAUCAUUCUUCUUACAGUGAUUCUGUCAAGGCUCUUGAAGAUGAUAUACAACAUGCUAAUUCCUUGGCAUUGUCACUUCCUGGAGAUUGUGAUGGGAACUGUUUUCAGAUGAAAUUAUCUUACAGCCCCUUUGCACCUCUUUUCUUGCACUUGAUUCAAUGGUUGGAUCUUAGUUGCACAGAUACUUUACCUGUGUAUUUGGGAUUACUCCACAUACUAAUUUUCAAUGUAUACGCUGAUGGAAUACCAUCUAUUUCCUCAAGUGAAAGGAAAGCAACUAUAAAGGAAUUUUAUGCUGUUAUAUACCCUUCAUUAAGGUUGCUUCAAGGCGAGUUUAACAAUGAUCCAAGACACAGUUAUGCAGAAGUGAACAGAAAGAGGCUUGAAAAGGUUCUCAGUAAAGAUUUAGAGGGAGAUGAAGAAUGUGGCAUAUGCAUGGAAAACAACAUGAAGAUGGUUCUGCCUAAUUGUGGACAUUCCUUCUGCAUAAGUUGCUUCCAUGAUUGGUACAUGAGAUCAGAGUCAUGUCCCUUUUGCCGUGGAAGCAUGAGAAGGAUCAGUCCUGCAGAUUUAUGGAUGGUCAUUGGCAACAGUGAUGUGGUUGACAGCUCCACCAUUGCAAAAGACAAUUUGAGACGUUUGUACCUUUUCAUUAAAACUCUGCCUCCAAUCUUAGCAGAACCACAUCUACUAUACACAUUCAAUUACAUGCUAUGACUUCAACAAAAAAAGUGUUUUAAUUAUAACUUUUAUGCAGUUGAAAUAGUUGAAUCAGACAAAUAUGCUUUUCCUGUUUUGUGAACACCUCAAUCUCAUGCUUAUAAUAUUGAAAGAGUACAGAGCAUAAACUAUGAAAGGCAUCAAUCAUAGAUAUUUUGAUUUCUUUUACCU